AUGCCUAAACCUACUGCCUCAUGGAUCAUUCGAGCUUUGUUCAAGCAUAAGGUGGUUAUCAUGGAUUCAGAUGCUUGGAAAGAGUUUGAGAUAACUGGAAUUUACAAUACCAACAAUGUUUAUAGGGAGCUCAAAGGAGCUAACCCGACUGUGCCCUGGAAAAAUUUGAUAAGAGGAAAUUGGGCAAGGCCUAGAUCCAUCUUUGUGCUAUGGAUGGCUUGCCAAAAGAGGUUGCAGACAAAGGAUAGAUUGGCAAGAUUUGGAACAAUGACUGAUGGGAAAUGCCUUUUCUGUGGUGAGAUUGAAACCUGUGAUCACCUCUUGUUUGCGUGCAGGUUUACUAAGGAUCUGUGGAAGCAGGUGAUAACAUGGAUGCAACUAUAUCAUAUGCCUCAAGAAUGGGAUUCUGAAUUGAAGUGGUGUAUCACUGUUGGUCGUGGCAAGAGCCACCGUGCUAAGUUGAUUAAAAUAUGUCUGGCUGAAACGGUUUACUAUGUAUGGAUCAACAGGAACAAGGGGUUUUUCCAACAAGCCACUGAUAAAGAACUUGUUUUCCAAGAAAUCAAAGUGGUUGUUCUUGAGAGAAUUCAACUUGAUAGGAAGCUAAGAGAUUAUUGUAAUGUAGUUCUUGCUAAUUAG